CACAAAGCGUACUUCCAAAAAAUCUUUCACUGUUACAGUAACUUAUUUAAUUUUCAAAUCUGUAUGUUUUUUUAGAAUUCUUGCAAAUGCAAACUUACUAACAGUGGUUUUGUAGGGUAAUUUUACGCAUUAAAGGGAAUGAUGCAUUAAAAAUCUAAAACUAGGGAAGUUUAGAAUAAAAAACAUUUUGGUUAUGUGCUGUAUGGUACCAGUUAAAAUAAUAUAUAUUCUGUUAUUUAAGCCAAUCAAAUUUUUAAAAUAAACACCAUUCUAAAUGAUUUUGUGGUCAAAUCUUGUAUAUGACAAACUAUUGAUCGAUAUAAAUAAGAAUAAAAAAAUCAUGCAUGCAAAUGAACUGGCAGCUUAAAGAGACCAUUCUUCGAUUACCAUUCACUGCCAGGUUGAAGCUGGUUUCCAGGGAGACAGCAACCAGAAGCUUUAAAUUCUCUCUUCCACAGCAACAUCUAAGGAUUUUCCGAAAGAUCUUUCUAGCACACCGAUCUUACCUUGGCAAACUGCUGCUGUUUAUUCGGAAACAACAAAAGGCAACAUCAUAAGCCGCCGGCGAAAUAGGAAGAAUAAGAGGAGUUCUGCAAAAAUGGAGGCUCAUUUCUCUCAGCUCAUCUAUUUGCUGAGGAAAAAUGGUUUUCCCAUGUAGAAACCAUAUCAGAGUUGCUGAUGGUAUACAAAUAGGAAACUACCAAGGCUUGAUUGGCAGUUUAAAAGAAGUCCAUUCCAGGUUCUGAUGGAGGGUCCUCUUGUAGCAGAAACGACAUCAGACAUCAGUCCCCUCAUAUGCGAAGGAAUCGUGAGCUGUAAUAUGAACCCAGUCUCGAAAUUACCCAACUUUGAUGAGACUGAAGACAAAUGCAGCACUGGGAAGCCCCAGUGUACAGUUAACGAGAUGGACAGGUCUUCAAAAGAUGCUGAAAUAACCUCUUCAUCGGUAAUGGCUCAACUGGAACAAACAGAAGCGUCAGACUCCCAGGAUCACACAAAUAUUAAUCGAAGAGCAAAGGAGGUUAAUUUUAAUUUACCAUCAAUAGAAAUCAAUGAAUACACCGAAGAGAACGCCAUGACUAUAUGUGAAAUGGAUAACGUAAAGGGCAGCGAAAUAAUAGAUUGUGAUCGGCAGGUUAGUCAGUGUGCUGAUUUAAUCAGUCAAGGUUCUAACCAUGACUCCUCAUUCAAUGGGAAAGAUGUCAGCGAUAAUUCUUUGCCAUCGGGCUCCAAUGGAUGUGAGACUAAUACUUCAAAUCAUUAUGGUAUACACGAUGUUGAUGUAGGACUGCCAUUUAAUGAUUCAUCUUUUAGUGAAAACAUGGAAAUCACAAGCCUUCAAAAAGGCAAAGGCAACAACAUAGGGUUCAGUGACUUAGUCACCUCCAAACAUUAUGAGUCUGAGACAAAAAGCAAAAUGGAAAUGGCUGAAAAGGAGAAUACCUUCAGUCAGUGUGAUGGAAUCAAGCAGCCAAAUAUAAACUUGAAGGAACUUUCUCCCAAGAAAACCGGCAAUGAAGGUAUUCUACUUGAAACUGAAAGCAUGCAUUCUAAGGUCAUUCAGGGAGACACUGGACAACAAGUCUCAAAGCAUUUGUGUCUUGUUGGGCAAAAACUGCCAGAAGAAUCCAAAGGAAAGGAAACAAAGACCACCUCCACUUGUGAGUUUAAUGGACAGUCUCAAGUAUCCAAAGAGACAAAAGUUUUUCCAUCAUACUCAAUUCCACCCAAUCUCUCAUUAAGUCAGAAGCAACACAUGGAGACUCAAGUGAGUCUGGAGGUCAUGUGCCGAUCAGCUGCAACAAGCCCCAUGACUCCACCAGAAGGUUUUGCUGCUGCCUUCUUUCCAUACCUGUCUGGGAAAUUUGAAAAUAGCUGUAAAGAGUUGUCCCUAGUGUCGAAGAAGGAUGCAGAGCUCCAAGUGGGAGAAAUGGUGAACUAUCGAUCUGUCGCCACAGCACCUAUGAGCCCAAUUGUUCUCAGUGCUCCAGAGGACUGUCCAGCGACACAAGUGAAGGAGGUUACACAAGAAGAACAACCAGAACCUGUCCAGGAGGUACGCUGGGAUGAGAAGGGCAUGACGUGGGAGGUGUAUGGAGCAGCUGUGGAGGUGGAAGUCCUGGGCAUAGCCAUCCAGAAGCACCUUGAGAAGCAGAUCAAGGAUCAUGGAAAGCUUCCUCCACUCUUAGUGUCCACAGCUAAUUCCACAACACCAGCUGAUAACGAUCCUUCACCUCCUCUGUCACCUCCUCCUGUCACAGUGCCAUGCAGCAAUGUCUCAGUAAAAGAGCCAAGCAAAGCUGAAGAGAAACAGGAGGGAAAGAAAAAAAGGCGCCAACGUAAUCCACUUCGCGUUGGAUUCCGAAAUAUGCGACGACCACGUUGUUGCUUCCGCACUAACACAAUCGAGUGAAACUGAAAACACCCUCUCCUGUCAUAUCACAGUUCUUCAGUCUUAAGGAAUGCCAAUUUGUGUGACAGAAGAUUGUGUGAACACAUAUGAAUUAUUUUAAACAGAAUUUUUGGAUUUAGUUUAUGUAAUCCAAAAAUUGCAACAUUGUGUUGUCAUGACAAUGAUUUAAUGACAGCUGUAUUUGCCUUCGUAGUAUUGUUUAAUUCUGUUUUUUUUAAUUUUGAUUGGAGGGGGAUGAUGUUGUAUUGCUUAAUCAACACCACUAUAGAAUAUUAUGAGAUGUUAUUUUAACUACAAAAAUAACAUAUAACAAUCAUAAAGUGUGCCUUAUUUAGUGCACAUUAUUUUCUUUUCAUAUUGGUAUGUUUGUGAAUUAAAUGUGUUGAUUCCUGUCCAUUUAUGAAAAUUUUAUUUACACAUUUUGCAGAAUUAAGAUUUUGUACAUACAGUAUUACAUGUGUUAGUAUAUAAUAUGUGGAAUGCUUAUGUCAACUAUGUUGGGAAUAUAUACAAAUCUUAUACUAUUUCUAUCAUAGUUGUGCAUAUAUUAUUGAUUCAUUUUGUUUGUUGUUGUUUAAAAUUAGCCAUUACUUUCUACAUAAUAUACAGUCCAAAGAGUAUGUCUUUACAAUGUGAAAUAUAGAAAUACAGAAAUUGAUGGUUAGUGGUUAUACCACAAAAUUCUAAUCUGUAAUCUCACACGUGUCGAGAAAAAAAUUCUAGAAUUCCUAUUGGAAAUAAUAAAACUAAACAAAAUCAUGGGGCAUUUGCUUUGUUUCUGCUUUGCUUUAUAUAUUUAUUUAUAUACUGUGUUUUGACUGUGGACUGUUUUGGCCUUUCUUUUGCUGUUUAAAAUGCAUCUUUUUAGAUAUGCUUGUGAAGUCAGAAUGUCUGAUGCACUUUGAAAGAAGGGAAUAACUUGUUUUGUAAAAUGCCAUAGGUCUUAUCAGUUGCAUAUAACAGUGUAAUGUUCUUCUGUUUUAAAUUACAGACGUGCUGUGUUUACCUCUCUUUAAUUUACAGGUGUGUUGUGUUUAUUUCUCAAUCAAGGUCUUUACAUGAUGAGAGUAUUGCUCACAGUUGUUACAUGUGUGUUAAGUCUUUACAAACAAAAGCAUUCAUAAGUGGAAUGUAAUAAAGUUUUACUUGAUUUAUUGUUCCUCUUAUAUACAAAAAUCAUCUACUAUGACAGUCAUAAAGAUUGAACAUGUUUUUUUUGUUGUUGUUGUAAACAAGCACACAAGUUGGCCACAGAACAUCGAAACUUCAAUUGUAUUUGCAGCAAUUGUGUUAAGACAGAUAAAAUAUGGACUUUUUUGUUCUUGAUAUUCAAACAUGCUUUUCUGUGAUGUAAAUUUUACAUGGUUUACAUUUCCUAGUUAAAUAUGUAUAUAUAUAUAUAUUUUCCUUUGCUGUAAGGGUAAUUACAUUUUCUUACCAGAUUUACCUAGUACUGCUAUUGUUGUGUACUUAAAUUCUGAAUAAUGUAUUGUAUGUUUUAAAGUGAAAUGAAGUGCUGAACACUGUUUGUAUAAAUUCUAAAAUACUCUUAAAUAAAGAAAAUGACUUUUAAAUGG